AUGGCUUCAAUGGACAAAGCGCAGCCCCUAGAUGAAACCACGGAUUCAAAGUCGUCUCCAGAUAUCACCUCAAACAUCAGAUCUACAGAUAUAUGGGUGGUUUACCCAGAAGGUGGUUUUCCUACUCCUACAGACAUAACACAUCCUAUCCAGCAACUCCUCGAAUCUUUUGGACCUCAAUCGGAGACGCAAUUACGGACAGCAACUUCGUUAAAUGGGUGGGGGAUAAUGUAUUGGUCGCUGCUUCUUACGCCGUCGGAAGUGAAGAUGCUAGAGGAAAGUCCUUUGGUCUAUGGAGUAUCGCAGCAGGUGGCUGGAAGUGAUGAUAUUUGA